CAUUUCCCGCUCAAAGCUACAGUUGAAAUUGAACUCUUCAAUCGCAUCGAUUGGAGAGAACUUUUGGGGAAAGUAAUCUGUAAAAAAAAGAAAAGCAAUAUUGGGAGAAGCUAAACCGCCGUUUAAAAAGAAAAAUAGCUCUGUGCUCAUAUUUCUCUGCCACCAGAUCCCAGAUCCGUAGAAAAGAAAGCUCUCUCUUCUUGCUCCUAGGCCCUCGCCAGAAACCAUGCCUGGGCUCGGGUUUCGAAACGAAGGUUGUGGCAAGUCUGAUUCCAAGAUCUGCAUAAUCCAUCUCUCUGCCCACAGCUUGGCGGAAAUCGACCACCGGAAACCGACAAGUGGGGAUGGGAGAACUGACCAUUGCAAUCUGUUGGUGUACUCGAUGGUGCAUCAAGGAGUUGAGGCGAUGGAGAAGACACCGAGGAGGCACCUGCAUAGCCACAACUUCACAGACACAAUAACUUGCAGAAAGGUACAUAUAAAUACUGCAUAAUUCAUUUGUGAUUUGUCUUUACAUUCUUUUGUUAAAUUAUAUCAAUUAUGCUCAUGUUAUCUUUGGAUGCUAAGAGUUCAGAAGGCAGCAAUUAAGAUUUGGAUGAUUGUUUUGACAAAAAGUCCCAACAAGCUUCACAAAAGAUGUUUUUCCUCUCAAGUACAUAAAUCUUUAGUGAUUUA